AUGGCCUGUCGCAUGGGCGCCGUGCGCCUCCUUACGCGAGCUACUGCAUCACCCAAGCUGUGGCCACUUAGGCUCAUCCCUCUGCGACAGUUGCUGCCGACGAGAGCCUUCUCAUCAUCUACACAUCACCAGUCUGGCGUCACGCCCAAGAUACCCUCCACAGUCACCAUCCGCGGACACACGUGCCAAACCGAUCCCUCAUGGUUCAACAUCCCCGACAAUGUCCUCGAAGCCGCCGCCCGCCGGCUGCACCUCCAAAAGGACCACCCCGUCUCCAUAACCCGCCAAAUCAUCCAGGCCAACUUUCCCGCCCCCGUCUUCCAAUACCACAACGACUUCAGCCCCGUCGUGACGACGCGGCAAAACUUCGACUCGCUCGGCUUCCCCGCCGACCACCCCGGCCGCGCCCGCUCAGACACGUACUACAUCAACGACACAACGCUGCUGCGCACGCACACGAGCGCCCACCAGGCCGAAACAUUUCGCGCCAACGAGAGCGCCGGCUACCUCAUCUCGGCCGACGUCUACCGCCGCGAUGCCAUUGACCGCAGCCACUACCCGGCCUUUCAUCAGAUGGAGGGCGCGCGCCACUGGGACCGCAGCGAGGUGCCCGGCGGCGACGUGGCGGCGGCGGUACGGCGCGACCUCGAGGCGCUGCCUGCGCACGGCGUCGUCGUCGAGGACCCGAACCCGCCGUGGCACGCGGAGCGUAAUCCGGUCCAGGACGAGCACCACUCAGAGGCAGAGGCUGAGGCCAUUGGCGCCCAUCUGAAGCGCUCCCUGGAGAAUAUGGUGGUUGACGUCUUUUCACGCGCCAAGGCGGCUGCCAAGAGGGCAGACCCCGACUUUGUCGACGAGCCGCUGAAGAUGAGAUGGGUGGAAGCCUACUUUCCCUUUACCAGCCCCUCAUGGGAGCUCGAGGUAUACUACGCGGGAGACUGGCUCGAGGUCUUGGGCUGCGGCGUUGUCAAGCAGGACCUGUUUAUUAAUGCCGGUGUUCCUUCCAAGCUAGGCUGGGCAUUCGGCAUCGGAAUUGACCGCAUUGCUAUGCUGCUUUUCAAGAUCCCUGAUAUUCGCCUGUUUUGGUCGCGAGAUGACCGCUUCAUCUCGCAGUUCACUGGCGUCUCGGACGACCUGGACAAGUUGAAGCUGUUUGCGCCGUUUUCUAAAUACCCACCUAGUCCCCGCGACGUCUCCUUUUGGCUCAACUCCUCUUCGUCCUCGGCGGCGGGAGGCAACACCAAGAAUGUCUUUCACGAAAACGACAUCAUGGAGCUUGUGCGCAACAUUGCCGGUGACGUCGUCGAGGACGUAAGGCUCAUCGAUGAGUUUACACACCCCAAAACAGGAAGGAAGAGUAUGGCUUAUCGCAUCGUGUACCGAAGCCUAGAGAGAACCUUGACGGCCGAGGAGGCCAACAACUACCACGAUGAUGUUAGAGCAGCGCUCGUUGCCGAAUUGGGGGUUGAGCUGCGGUAG